AUGUCAAAAUCUCUAUCGAGGCCAUCAAGUAUGAAUGUAACCAAUAUGAUACUGAGAAGAUGCUUUUCUACCACUAUGCAACCGGGCUUACUCAAAGCACUCGGCAGCACUCUUAAAAAUACUAGUCCAAAAAACUUUGAAAAGAAAGAAGUCAUUAAGCCAGUGGGGCAAGCACAAAAGCCAAGCUCGACCGAUGGAAUUGACACAAGAUCAUUCAAACAAAGAAGAACUGAUUGGAUGAAUAACGAUAACAGAUUAAAGAGAAAAGAAAAUUUGGAGAAAGAGUUUGCCACCAGCGGGAUGUACGAUAUGUUUAUCUUUAGAAAAACUGGAGGCAAAGUGUUCAUUUCACCAAGAUCAUAUUUCAAGAAAGAAAAAUCAUUAUACUUCCCCAAUUUUAUUGCAGACGAGAACUUAGAGAAGGGCAAAAAUAUAUCGACGUAUGAUGUGUUCACCAAUUCUGGGGCUAAUGAUAAGUUUAGUAUUGUGAGGAUUUUCACUACUGCCAUUGGGCAGAACUUCACCAAGAAAUAUUUCGAUAUCAAUAAAUUUAGUGACUUAUCAUUGAAAAACAAGGAAGCCUCUGAUGGCGCUAAAAACUAUUUACAGUCUAAUGAAACGUUCCAACAACUUAAAACCAAUUACCCGAAUCUCCAGAUUGUUAAUGUCACCCUUUAUGACAAUUUUUUCAAGAAAUGGAUUUUCAAAACUUUUGCGAGUAAGGCCAUUAAAAAGAAUGUCAGUGAUCCCGAAUACUUGAAGAAUUUCCUUAUUUUGAACAAGAAGUAUAUCGAUGUCCCAACCAAGGAGAGUAUCAACUAUUUGAAUGGGAUUACUGGUUACAUUUACAUUAUCGACAAUGAAGGUAAGAUCAGAUGGUUGAGUUGCGGGGAUCCAGAGGAAAGCGACAUCCAAACGUUGUGGAAGACGGUGCAAGGUCUUCAAUUAGAGGUUGGGAAGAAGACCUCCACCAAGAUAUUCUGA